UUGCUUGGAGGUGGACGGGUUCUUCUUGGGCAACGCGCCGAAGGCCGAGAUGACGGCUGCGCUCCUCAGACUGACGGCUGGCCCGGCGAGGUGCGCUUGCUGACUGAGGACUGUCCACAGGCUUCGUGGGCCAUAAAACCAACUCUGGUGCGCGCUGUACUGUAACCUCCCGUUGACAAUGUUGCGUGGACGUGAGGAAUUCAGCAGCCAGAGCAUCCCGCCAACGGGUCUUCAGGCGGACGAUUGCAAGGAAGCACGGCGUCGGGAUGGGGCUGUUCGUGAAGGCCCUCCUGAGGCCAACAAGGCUGUUCUGCAGGCCACAGAUUCUUAUUUGCCCGUGGCUGUGUCCCCACCACAGCUUGACUUCUACAUAGAUGAGCAAGAGGGCCACACGCAGGUGCUCACUUUGUACAACGUCAACGACCACCCGGUACACUUUCUGUUGAUGUCAAAUGCACCACGACGGUUUAGUGUCUCAGGGCGUGCAGGGAUAAUCACGCCACACUGCUACACUGACAUAGUGGUGCAUCACUGUGAUUUGUCUGAAGGCAAUGUGGGCGUCAAGGACAACUUGCGCGUAGUCAUGCGCAAGCAAGGGAGCCGCCUUCAGGGCUUUAGGGAUGUGCCUGCCAUCUUGUGGGCCACACGCAGUAGCUCUGACGAUGAGGAAGAAAAGGAGGAUGAGGACGAUCUCUCCCAGAAAGAUUCCACCCAGUUGCAACCAUUGGUGGAGCAGGGACAGAAGAAAGGCUGGACUGCAUUUGGGCAAGACCCACUAGUGCUGUUUGUGGUGCUGGCCUGUGUUGUGGUGCUUAUGCUACCACUUGAGGAUGCACGUGACACCAGCAGCCACCCAUUGCUUGCACACUUGCCUAUGAGCCACGAGCACAAGCUCUUCGCUGCAUACAUUCUUGGACUCAUGACAACACUCAUUGUCCGCAAGUAAGGGAGGGUUUCUUUUGCCUGUGCUCAAGAAUGGUUGGACACCUUUAAAGCCAAUCAGGCCAACUUCGAGAAAGAUUGGACAUGAAAUUGUGUGACCUGCUCCUCCCAAUGACGUUUUGUUCAUUAUUAAAUAAAGUGUGCCUGAUUUUGGUAAA